AUGGUAAAGGGGAACCAAGUGUGGAAAAUGCUCAUUAGAGUAGUUGAUUUAUGGGUUGUUAUUGAAAAAAAUGGGCAACAACACAUUGAAGCCGUUAUUCAAGAUGGACAGGGUGAUAAGAUUCAUGUGAUAACUCGGAGCAGGGACUUCCAAGAUUGGGUUGAAGUUGUCAAGGAGCAUGAGACGUAUAAUCUAUAUAACGGAGAGCCAGUUGAGAAUGAUGUUCCACUGAAGGUGUGUUGUAACCCACUCAAGCUCAUCUUUAAUGGAGGCACUACCAAGACCAAAGUGGCUAUACCGGAAAUACCAGCUCAUAGUUUCAGUUUCUUCCCUAUUGAGAAGUUCCUCAAAGGUGACUUCAAACAUGACAUGUUGUAUGAUGUGAUUGGGGUGUUACAGGAUGUUUUAAAGAUCCAGGUGGGAGGUGGGGGAAGAAAGUCUUGCGUCAAUGUCAAUUUACGUGAUGUACAGGGGAAUGUCAUUGAGCUGGUGCUAUGGGAUGAUUAUGCCAAGCAGUUUGUGAAUUACACUACCCCUAACAACUCUUCUGGUCCUACUUUAAUAGUAUUGACACAUGCAUGGUGCAAGCCAAAUACAGUUUCGGGUUUACCAUGUCUUUCCAACGCAUGGAGCGGCUCUAGGCUUUACUUUAACUUGGAUCAUCCACAAGUUGUUCAAUACAAAGCAAAUUUUGGAGACAACAUGCCUGCCCCUUCCCAAUCAAUGACUUGCGAUUCAUCCGUUCAAUCUAGCAACAAUUUCUGGACUAAAUUGAGUGAGGUAUGGUAA